AGCCUGCACGAGCACGCGCUUUGUCAACUCCUCACAUCUGUCAGCGGAGAGAGUUUCAGUGACGAAGCAGCCAUGUCGACCAACGGCCACUGCAUCAGCAAAGAUACGUGGGACUCGCACAACAAGAUGAUGCUAGAGCCGCUGGCCGUCAACGACUCUGAGGUGUUUUCCAUCAUCAAGAAGGAGAAGCACCGCCAGACGUACGGACUGGAGCUGAUCGCCUCGGAAAACUUCGCCAGCAGAGCCGUUCUGGAGGCUCUGGGGUCCUGCAUGAACAACAAGUACUCGGAGGGAUACCCAGGUCAGAGGUACUACGGUGGAACCGAGCAUGUGGACCAGCUGGAGCGCCUCUGCCAGAAGCGGGCGCUGGAGGCCUAUGGUCUGCAUUCGGAGCAGUGGGGGGUCAACGUGCAGCCGUAUUCAGGCUCGCCUGCCAAUUUCGCUGUGUACACCGCCGUGGUGGAGCCGCAUGGUCGCAUCAUGGGACUGGACCUUCCCGACGGAGGUCACCUGACCCACGGCUUCAUGACCGACAAAAAGAAAAUCUCUGCGACCUCCAUUUUCUUCGAGUCCAUGCCUUAUAAGGUGGAUCCAGAGACCGGCUACAUCGACUACGACCGACUGCAGGAGAACGCCAGGCUCUUCCACCCGAAGCUCAUCAUUGCAGGAACCAGCUGUUAUUCCCGGAACCUGGACUACGGCCGGCUGAAGCAGAUCGCCUGCGAGAAUGGGGCCUACCUGAUGGGGGACAUGGCCCACAUUAGCGGGCUGGUGGCAGCCGGAGUGGUGCCCUCUCCGUUCGACCACUGCGACAUCGUCUCCACGACUACGCACAAGACUCUGCGCGGCUGCCGUGCCGGGCUAAUCUUCUACAGGAAAGGUGUACGAAGCGUCGACGCCAAAGGGAAGGAGACGCUUUACAACCUGGAGUCUCUGAUCAACCAGGCCGUCUUCCCUGGUCUUCAGGGAGGACCUCACAACCACGCCAUUGCGGGGGUCGCUGUUGCACUGAAGCAAGCCAUGACUCCAGAGUUCAAAGCCUACCAGACUCAAGUUCUUCUCAACUGCAAGUCCCUGUCCAGGACCCUGGUGGACCACGGCUACAAGAUCGUGACGGGUGGCUCUGACAACCAUCUGAUCCUGCUGGACCUGCGCAGCAAAGGAACCGACGGAGGUCGAGCUGAGAAGGUUCUGGAAGCGUGCGCCAUCGCAUGCAACAAGAACACCUGUCCAGGGGACAAGAGUGCGCUGAGGCCCAGUGGCCUGAGGUUCGGCUCCCCGGCUCUGACCUCCAGAGGCUUUGUGGAGGAGGAUUUCAAGAAGGUGGCGGACUUCAUCCACAGAGGCAUCGAGCUGACCCUGGAGGUGCAGAGGAGCCUGGACCCUAAGGCCCCUCUGAAGGAGUUCCUCCAGGCUCUGUCCCAGGAGGAGAAGUUCCAGCAGAGGGUGGCUGAGAUCAGAGCAGAGGUGGAGGCCUUCUCCGGCGGCUUCCCCAUGCCGGGUCUCCCUGAGCUGUGAGCAGGGAGCCUCCUCCAACUUGCCGCUCCUCACCCUCAAGCUUUACAUACACAACACUGGUGGCAGCGCCAGGUGAGUUUGUUCACCCGGCGAUGACGUUCAAAUAAACAACCCAAAGAUCAA